CAGUAGAGAAAAAAGUAAAAAAUAAAAGCAAUAAAAAUAAAACUAAAAAAAAAAAUAAUAUAAACAGCAAACCAAAAUGGCGCACCAGCAGCAACUUGCCUCCGUAAAUUGCUCAUUAGAUGAUAUCGAUUUAAAUGCAUUAAGGGAUCCUGCUGGCAUAUUUGAACUUAUCGAAGUUGUCGGCAAUGGCACUUAUGGUCAAGUUUAUAAAGGUCGUCACACAAAGACUGGUCAAUUGGCUGCCAUAAAAGUGAUGGAUGUCACCGAAGAUGAAGAAGAAGAGAUCAAAUUGGAAAUUAAUGUGCUUAAGAAAUAUUCAAAUCAUCGUAAUAUUGCUACCUAUUAUGGUGCUUUCAUUAAGAAAUCACCGCCUGGCAAAGAUGAUCAGCUUUGGCUGGUUAUGGAAUAUUGUGGUGCUGGUUCAGUAACGGAUUUAGUUAAGUCCACAAAGGGUCAGAGUCUCAAAGAAGAGUGGAUAGCGUAUAUAUGCCGCGAGAUUUUGCGCGGACUUAGUUAUUUGCAUUCGAAUAAAGUCAUACAUCGUGAUAUCAAAGGACAGAACGUAUUGCUUACCGAUAAUGCCGAAGUGAAGCUAGUAGACUUUGGUGUGUCAGCACAAUUAGAUCGCACGAUAGGUCGCCGAAACACGUUCAUUGGUACACCUUACUGGAUGGCACCCGAAGUUAUAGCUUGUGACGAGAAUCCCGAGGCUACCUAUGAUAAUCGUUCAGAUUUAUGGUCGCUGGGCAUAACCGCAUUGGAAAUGGCUGAAUCUCAACCGCCACUUUGUGAUUUGCAUCCGAUGCGUGCUCUUUUCUUAAUACCACGUAAUUCGCCCCCUCGGCUAAAAUCAAAUCGAAAAUGGUCAAAGAAAUUUCAAAGUUUCAUAGAUACAGUGCUUGUGAAAGACUAUCAUCAGAGGCCUUACACAGAACAAUUGUUAAAGCAUGCCUUUAUUAAGGAUCAACCCACAGAUCGUCAAGUGCGUAUACAACUAAAGGAUCACAUUGAUCGUUGUAAGAAACGUAAACAGGAGAAGGAGAGGGAAGAUUACCGUUACUCUGGUUCAGAUAAUGAUGAUGAUGAACCACAGAUAGCUGGUGAGCCCAGUUCAAUUAUACAAGCUCCCGGCGACACGUUACGGCGUAAUUUUCAACAAAUCCAGGAGGGCCGCAUAGCGGCUGAACAACAACAGCAGCAACAACAAAUGGCCGCUGUGGCUGCGGCGCAGGCAGCGGCUGCUCAAGUCCAGCAACAGGCCCAAGGUCAACAACCACCAGCCAUUCGUCAGCAAAAAGCAGCAUCGCGCGAUCAACGUCAACAAAUUGAAGAGCCUGGACCGCCAUCACGUCCUGCUUUGCCACAACGUUUAAUAGUGGUACCGGAUCCCCCACAUGCUAAUCGACCAUUGCCACCGACCCCGAAAAGUUCGGAAUCUUCUGCCCAAACGCCUCAACAACAACAACAGCAACAACGCAAUUCACAAAAUAACUUUAAACCAUCGUUACCACCCAGGAGACCAGAGGAUUUGGACAUGAUAGCGGCACAAUUAAAUGAAUUAGGGGUCUCUCAACAGCCGCAAACCGGUUCAUCAGCUUCAGCAUCGUCUUCAUUUGGACAACAGCAGCAAGCUCAACCGGAAGCACCACCGCGGAAUAAUCGUCAAUCGGGACCAUUACCACCAACGUCAUCAGGUUCGGGGAAACCAGCUGCCGUUUUACCACCAUCAUCAGCUAAUAAUCAUCAUCAUGUGGCCGUUUCGAAUCCCCUCGAUCCAAUGGACAGCAGUGAUUCUGAUAGUGAACCGGAAGAACCCAAUGAUCGCGCACGUAACGACGGUACUCUGCUAGCAAGUGAUCCACCAAAGCCACUCCCUGAAUUUUCAUAUAGGCCUGGACUGGUUCCAGUUUCGGAAGAUUCUACUACUCCAAUGACGCACGGUGGCAGCAGCGGACCGCCAAAUCGUCCGUUGCCACCAACGCCCGACGAUGACGAACAAGCAGGCGAUCGAACAUUAAUCAUGAAGCGGAAACUCGAAAAUCAAAAUAAAUUACAAAAAUCAGCCUCGACAUCGACAUGUGCAAAUCGGCCACAAAACGAUUUACGUGAUGAGGUUGUUUUGUUGCGCGACUGGGAUAUUGAGAAAUUCUUUCUUAAACAGAACAGUGGCGAAUUGAGCGGCGGAGUGAUCAGUCUUUCAAGAGCGGCAACUCUUACAUCGUCGAAUAUAAGUACAUUAAAGGCUGAACAGAAACUGCAGAGGUGCAGCUUGGCCGAAUUGCCACGGCAACAACAUCCACAGACUCCAAAAGGAUUCCAACCGCUGAAAGGGCCAGGGGUGAAUAACGUUGCAAAGAACAAUAGCCUUAACAAUAGUAACAAUAACAGAAUAGGUGCUCAAACCAAAGAACAAACACAGCAACAACUGCUUCGCUUAAGUCCGGCAGAAGCAAUAAACAACCAAAAAUCCAGCGUUAAUGUUAAUAACAAUAGUAAUAAUAAUAAUAAUAAUAAUAAUAACAACAGGUCUUCCGUCACAAGUGCCUUAACCCGCAGUGCCAAUGCUACACAUAAGCGACAAGAGUCAGACUCGAAAUUACCGCAAAAUUUUAUACGCGGUUUCCGACGCGAAAAUUCGGACUUCUUUCCUCUUACCAAACGACACUCGACCGUGCUGACGAAUAGCAAUUUACUGCAAUCGAUACCACCGAUGCCGCUGACACAGCAAUCGCUGCAACAAUCAUUCAGCUCAUCCUCACAAAGAGGCGCAUCCAUUAUGCAACAUAGUAAUGUCUUUAAAAAUGAUCAUAACAAAGCAAAAGAUAAUUCCGUCUCCGCACAAACAAAGGCUGCCAAUCAGGGUAAAAGUAAAUCGGGUACCGGUAAAUUAUCGUCGUCAUCGCAUGGCACAAACGCGUCCAGCAAAAAUAAUUGGACUAGCAAUCUAACGCCGAGAAAUCUAGAUUUCUUACGCCCACGUCGUGAAAAGACUGAAUCAGUUAUAAUUUUGCAAAACUCUGCCGCCAGACAACAAUUGGUACAUCAACUUGUACAGCAGCAACAACAACAACAACAGCAGCAGCAGAAUCGCAAUUCCGAGAACAGUGGUCUUGGUACACCUGGUACACGCACUAGCAGUGUCUUACCCGACUUACUUAGUCAGGCUUCACCAGCUACGCCCCCACGCCAUGACAAAUCAUCCAGUGAGGAGUAUCAAGCGGCCAUCAACUCAUCCGUGAAUUCGACACCGUCAAAAUUGCUUAUUAGCGGCGGUAGCGGAAGCGGUGGGUCUAGUAAUUCCCCGCAAUCGACAAUAUCGUUGACAAAUUCUUCGUCUUCGCGUCAAAAUAGUCCUAAGAAUUCAAUUAGUAAAACUCGCUCUUCCAGCAGCAUUACUAAUCUAUUACAUAAAUCUGCUUCUUCCUCCUCUGCAACGUCCAUAUCCACAUUGCCUGUGUCACCGUAUGCGCUUCAACAGAAACAACGUAGCUUUUUGACAUUUGGUUUCGGUGCUGGUGGCUCGGGUCCAUCGCGACGCGAGUCACAUGUUAAUGUCAAUGUAACGCCUACAUCGCAUGAGGCUUCUAGCGAUACACCGGAAAUACGGAAAUACAAGAAACGUUUCAAUUCGGAAAUUCUAUGUGCCGCGCUCUGGGGAGUAAAUUUAUUGAUUGGUACCGAAAACGGUCUUAUGCUAUUGGAUCGUUCUGGUCAGGGAAAGGUUUACCAACUAAUAUCGCGACGUCGAUUCCAGCAAAUGGAAGUUUUAGAAGGCCAAAAUAUAUUGGUUACUAUAUCGGGCAAAAAGAAUCGUGUACGAGUAUACUAUCUAUCAUGGUUGAAAUCGAAAAUUUUACGCACCGAUGGCUUAUCAGAUCAAGUGGAACGACGUAAUGGUUGGAUUAAUGUCGGUGAUUUACAAGGUGCUGUACAUUUCAAAAUUGUGAAAUACGAAAGGAUUAAGUUCCUAGUGAUUGCAUUAAAAGACUCGAUCGAAAUUUAUGCCUGGGCCCCAAAACCGUAUCAUAAGUUUAUGGCAUUUAAGAAUUUUGGCGAAUUAGAGCAUCGUCCCUUGUUAGUUGAUCUUACUAUUGAAGAUCAAUCCAGACUAAAGGUAAUUUAUGGCUCCGCCGAAGGUUUUCACGCCGUCGAUUUAGACUCCGCUGAAGUUUAUGAUAUCUAUCUUCCUAAGCAUACUCAGGGUGCAAUAAUUCCGCAUUGCAUCGUUGCUCUUCCGAAUUCAAAUGGAAUGCAGUUGCUGCUUUGUUACGACAAUGAGGGUGUAUACGUGAAUACAGUCGGCCGAGUCUCCAAAAAUAUUGUAUUACAGUGGGGCGAAAUGCCUACAUCUGUGGCAUAUAUUGGUACUGGACAAAUCAUGGGCUGGGGCAAUAAAGCAAUUGAGAUACGAUCCGUGGAGACAGGCCAUUUAGAUGGCGUGUUUAUGCAUAAGAAAGCCCAACGUUUGAAAUUCCUUUGCGAACGCAACGACAAAGUAUUCUUCAGUAGUGCCAAAGGUGCUUCAUCGUGUCAAAUCUACUUCAUGACUCUGAACAAACCGGGUAUGGCCAACUGGUAACAAAUAUGGUCCAUAGAUCAAACUAUGAAGAAGCCGCAAUAACAGUAACCCAACUAAGCAGUAAUUAAUUUUUUUUAAACUUUCAUUCUCUACAUAAUCUGCAAGUUUUUAAAAAUAAGUAAGAAAAAUUACUGCU